AUGGACACAGUUUGUUCAUCAAAAAGGGCAAAGUCAUCAUAUGGCACAUAUAGAGGACAUGAUUCCCAAAGAAAGUCAGCAAAUCGAAGGAAAGCAACAGAUGACAAGACCUCACAGAAGAAAAGGCGAAGUAAGAGCGCUUUACCACCACAAGGUCAGAGGAGGUCGAUGCCACAAAAACAAAGUCAAGUUGGACAGCACAAAAGACGCAAAGCCGGACAUAUUAGCUCUAAAGUUGAAAUAAGAAACCAGUCUGCAUAUGAGUUGAAGAUGUACCUCGACGAUAAUUAUGACUGCGUGCAACAUACACACAAUGAAAGAGAAACUCCCAAAGUAUCCGCUCCGCAAUGGAAGGAUACAAAAGUGUCAGAAGAUGUAUUUUCAAUGUGCCAAUUGAAGUUAAAAAGGGAUGAUCGAGAAGCAGACGACAUCCAUUGCCAACCCGCAAAACAGCAGAAGCCAAACAGUCAAACUGUGAAAUCUACUCAACAUGGCAACUUAGACCAGAGCAUUACAGAUAUCUGCCCAAAAUCACAAGCUACAAGCACUCGGCAAAUCAGUGAGAAGUUAUUACAAUAUGAUAUAAGGAAUGAGUUGACAGACAGGAAGAAAAUAAAGAAAGGAUUUUUCACCAGCGCCUAUCGCGCUGUUCUUGCUUGUUUUGGAUUUAAAAAUGACAGAAAAUGAAAUGAUCAAUUCGGACAUUGUUAAAGAAUGCACUUUGUAUUAAAAUCGUUUUAUUUCAAUGAUUCA